CGCCCUGAUGCUGGCUGUGUCGCUUUAAAAGGAAAAAGACUCGAUCGUUACGUCGGUUUUGCCGAAGUCAAACCAGAUUAUAAGAAGAAAGACACCGUUAAAACGCAUGAAGACUUGCUACGACUGUCAUUGUUUGGCAUGAACGCGCUUGAGGAACAUAAUUCAAAGUGCAUCUUGUUGAUGCAAGUGGUUAAUUCGCCA